AUGUCCCACAACAACAACUGUGUAGAAGCUUCGGCUUCGGCUUCUAGAGCGCUUUCGUGUGUCUGUCACCGGCCUUCCUCUCUCAGACUCGAGCCUCACCUCGUGAUUUUCAGACGCUGCCCGCCCCGCCCCUCACGUUCUCCGGGAUUCACAGCAAUCAGAUUGACUGGGAAUCUGGAUCAUCUCGACAAUAGCACCACUAUUCUUGAGACACUUUGCGAUUUCCUCGACUCGACGUCCUCCGGCAAUAGAUGGACGGGAAACUCCACUGGAUGUAUGCCCGCAACCACCCUCCCUGCUGAGAAGAUUCAUUUCCAGAGACUCCCGAUUUGGUAAACUGAGAAUUAGGCCUUCCUGUGGCUCAGACGUCGCAGCAUUCGUUAGAGACAGUUUCCAUAUUCUUAGAGCCAUGAAACUAUGAAGUGCUCGACGGCAUUGAGCUGGUGAGUGGUCACCGCAGUGAAGAUCAUGGGUUUCGUGCAAACAUGUGAGCUGCGGCUGCUGCGGCUAAUCGUAAUGGUACAGUGGUGGAAACUUGAGUAUUUUGUCACGACAGUGUAUGGAAGAUAGUCGUGAGUUAUUUAACGGACUGUUUUUACAGACCAAGAAAGCAAUGUGCGAGUAUGAUGCGGGUACGGCCGUAGCCGCGUUAGUGGGCUGUAGAAGUGUAUGGUUUGAUUUGAAUAACAUUUCUUCCUGCUACGAA